UUUUUUUUAUUUCUUCCCUCUUUUUUCUUUCUGUUUUAUUUUCUUUUUCUUUGAUUCGCUUUUUGAAUCCCCUAUUUUCUCUUCUUUUUUCAUAAACCAGCACUGUUCAACAAAAGCCAAGAAAUAUGACUAAUUUCAUGAGGAUUGACCUGUCAGAUUUCGAUAAUCGCAGAGACGAGAUAUCAGCCGAUUUAAUGAAAGCAGCUUCAGAACAUGGCCUGUUUUAUGUGGUCAAUCAUGGGAUUUGUUCAGAACAAAUUCGUACCAUGUUUGAAGCGAGUCAGACAUUUUUUGAACUACCAGAGAAAGUAAAAGAGACUUAUAGCAUGGAUCAUCCUCGAAACGCAGGCUGGGAAAAACUAUCACAGGUGCGUCCGUCGACAGGUGUCGCUGAUCUUAAAGAGUCCAUUCAGCUUUCCUUCCACAACUCGAGUGAUCUCCGACCGUCCGAAGAGCAUGUGCCUGGAUUCGACAGCAUCGCCACAGCCUUCAUGGAAAAAUGCAAUCAAGUGUCUCAGCAACUCCUUACGUGUUUUGCCAUCGGACUAGGCUUUCCAGCCGACUUUUUCACACGUUGUCAUGAUAUCAGUCAACCGGAUUGUCUCAACUCACUGCGUUGCACACGCUACUUUGAACACAAAAAUCAACCUGAGCAAACCCAGUCUUCCAACAUUGGCGCUUGUCGUAUUGGCGCUCAUAAUGAUAUCAACACCUUUUCCCUAUUAUUCCAACAAGAGGAGGAAACAGGUUUGGAAGUGUUUCAUGAUAAUCAUUGGACACCUAUCCAUCCAGUCAAUGACGAGAUUGUCUGCAAUGUAGGUGAUAUGAUUGUGCGUUGGUCGGAUGAUCGUCUUCAAAGCAAAAGCAAAUUGCAUCACCGCGUAAGAACACCUCGUAGUCACAGCAGCCACAGCCACAGCAACAGCAACAGUAGUGCCAAUUCAUCGGAUGGAGAAGAGGAUGGCAGUGCGCAUAGCCAGUGCAGUGGUGGUGGUGAAGUACCUUAUCGCGGUCCUCGUUAUGCUUUGGAAUACGUCAAUGAAGCGAAUCGAUCCGUGAUUAUCCAGGGUCGUACGAAAUACACUCAACCUAUCACAGCUGGCGAGUUCCUGAUGAUGGCCACAGAAAAGAACUACAAAGAAGUGAUGAAGAAUCAAGAAAUGCAUCUUGCUACAGCCAUUCGAAAUGUGGCUGCUUUGAAUCAUACUACUGCCUCUGUCACUAGCAUCACUGCUGCCACUCAUCAGAAAGUGGUAAGAGCCAAAUCCUCCACCACAGCAGUGGACCCCACCGUGGUUGCAGCAGCCAAUGAAUCUGAGGAUUCACCAGUAAAAACGCAAGCUUCUUUGGUUUCUGUUUAGAAAAGAAAAAAAAAAAAAAAAAA